UUUGCCCUGUGAUUGGCCAGGGACUGUUCCCAUUCCUCUCCGUAUCCGCUUUCUUGUUGUACGCACGCCCAGUUUCUGAAUAAUGAUAAUAAUGAUCAAGAUGGCUACUACGGAUGCCUCCUUGCGGUAGCUAUCGAACAGUUUCAUGGAAACAACUAAAACUAGGUUUCCUGGUGAUUUAAAUCCCGGUAGAUAGCCCUGGAGUUGCAAGACACACCACCCGUUUGACUGUUACACCGGAGAGGCUUUGAAAGUAAUUUUACUAACCGCCAGAAGCUAAUUUUAUAGAGCUAGCAGACUAGCUAGCUAGUUGUCGGAACGUCUAAAUUUUAAGUCAGUCUCGCCCUCUUGUGCUUUUGUACUCGGGAGCAGGGCGGGAUCUAGGCCGAAUGGCCGAGCCUAGAAAAGUACCGUUCGUCACUAUCUCCUCCUUCAGCACCUCUCCACCCUCGGAGUCAAAGAAGCGCCGCCAGGAAGACGAGGCCGAAGUCAGUUUUGGGAAAGAUGGAGGUGCAGGGAGUACGGCAACCGUGUCAGGAGGUUGCGGUAGUCCUUUCGGUAACGUAAAAGGUGGAGACGGGGAUGCUGGGGAACCGAAACGGACAGUGCGUCUAAGCCUGAGCUUGUCCGAGCCAAGCGACAGAGGAUCCGCGGAGUUCAACUACAGCGAACUGGUCCAGUCCCCCGAGCCCCAGGAGAAGGUGAGGAAGCCUUCCUCAGGACCUUCCAGAGGCCUGGCCCCGCCCCUUGACCCCGGCGACCCCUUCGCUGAUGAUGAGAAGGAGAGACAGGAAGUAGAAGCUCUUGCCAAGAAGUUUGAGAGCAAAUACGCCAGCGUGGGUAAGAGGAAGAGGAGGGACCGCAUGCAGGAUCUUAUUGACAUCGGCGACGGAUACGACGACACGGACCCCUUCAUAGACAACUCUGAACCUUAUGAUGAGCUGGUUCCAGCCUCCUUGAGCACCAAGCUGGGAGGCUUCUACAUCAACACCGGCACGCUGCAGUUCAGACCCGCCUCCGACUCAGACGGGGACGAGGGGGGCAUGGAGGGGGGCAUGGAGGGGGGCUGCUUCAAGAAGCUGAAGGAGGGUGAAGAACGAGGGAUGAAGAAGAGGAGGAGGAAGCAGGAUGGAGCUGUGGAGGAGAAGAAGAAGAACAGGCUUCCUAAACGGGGAGGGGUUCCUGUCCUGGGCAUGCACCGACCAGAGAAAAAGAAACGUAAGAAGCUGAUGAAGGACAGUCUAAACCUGGCGGCCAUGUUGAGACGCUUCUCCAGGGAGAAGGACCAGAUGAGGAGACGCCCCCCCGGGCCCCCCCGGGCCCCCCCCCGCGCCCCAGCCCCCCUCCCCAACACCGCCCAUGCCAGGCCCCCCGGCAACAACAUCGCCAUGGACGACCUGACCUCCGACCCCGCUGUGAUGUCGCUGCUGGGCUCGGCCAACCACAACGAGAUGCUGCAGAAUAUGAUGGGAGAUCUGGACUUCUCCCUAUUAGACUCCUCCCCCACCGCCAGCAGCCCCGCCCACGGGGAGAACGGCACCCAGAGGGGAGGGUUGGGAGGGGGGAGGGUACAGGGAGGAGGGAUGGGGGGGGUUAGAACCCAGGGGGGUGUCUCCCCCCCCCCCCCCCUGCCGGAUGGCCUGCCUGCUCCCCUCAGCAAGCGCAUUGAGGACCUGAGAGUGGCCAGCCGCCAGUUUGACCAGGAGGGCAGGAAGAAGUUCUUCACCCUGGACAUGAAUAACAUCCUGUUAGAUAUUGAGCUGCAGGUGCAGGAGCAGCCAGCAGGGGUCAGGGCGGCGGUCUACUCACACCUGGAGGCCUUUGUUCCCUGCAACAAGGAGGCUCUGCUCAAACGACUGAAGAAGCUCAGCCUCAACAUCCAGGAUGACCGUCUGCGUGCUCCCCUGUUGAAGCUGAAGCUGGCUGUGUGCAGUGUGAUGCCUGAGCAGAUCGCCAGGUACAAUAUGGACUGCAUCGCCAAGGUGGCCAAGCAGCAGUCGGAGGAGGGGGAGAAGCAGGGAUCUGAGGAGGAGGAUGAGGACAAGCCAGGGAAGAGGGUGAUGGGACCUCGCAAGAAGUUUGUCUGGGACGACAAGCUCAGGACCCUGCUGGGCACGCUGGUGCAGGUGAAGCUGGGCUGCUAUGAGCUGGAGGCUCAGAGCUCUGUGUCCCUGGAGGACUACCUCAAAGCCUUCAUGGAGACAGAGGUCAAGCCCCUCUGGCCCAAGGGAUGGAUGCAGGCCAGAAUGCUGUUCAAGGAGAGCAUCAUGGUCCAUGGUCACGUGACAGGAAAUGUAGUCAAGAAGAAGAUGGUCCCCACCCCCAAAGCCAAACCCAAGGAGGGCGUGUUCGUCCAGAGGCCCCAGGCCGUGUCCGGUCCCCCUCGACGGGUCCCCCAGUCCCCAUCGGAGCCCAUCUGUGUGGAUGAGGACCUGUGCCCCCCCUCCCUGGACUCCAUCUCCCAGGCUCUGGCACUGCUCAGCAGCGCUGCCAAGGGCCUGGUCCAGGGGGACAGCCCCCCCUCGGGGGCCCCCUCACUUCUGGCCUCCUCUUCCUCCUCCCCCCUCCUGCAGCCACAUCAUCACUACGUCUCCUCCCCCUCCUCUCCUUCUCUCUCCCCCCAGCCCUCCCCCGCCCGUCUCCCCCAGCCCUCCCCCGCCCGUCUCUCUGGGGUGCAGUCUACCUUCAUCACUCCCAUGCAGGCCAGCCACAGCAGCAACACCCCCAUCAUCAAACUCACCCCCCGUUGCCCCGCCCCCUCCUCCCCCCUCCCCAGGCCUCAGUCUGCUCCCAGCAUGCACCAGUACUCUUCUAAGAGCCCCUCAGGGUUCAGGCCCGCCUGCUCAGGUGCUCCAGGGUCCACCUCUCAGACAAGCAGCAGUGCCAACACCAGCCUUACUAACUCCUCACAAAUUGGCAAGCAGCAUCCAGGAUCAGGCUCCUCCCCCGGUGUGUCCUUGGCCAAUCAGGUACAGCGGUCAGUGGGCGGGACUACUCAGGGGGCUAAGCCAAUGACGUCUGUCUCCUCAUCAUCAGUCUCUUCUCAGUUACCGCAGGUGUCCUCAGCAGGGGGGAGUCUCCUGGCCUCCCCCCCCUCCCUCCUCCAGGGCUUCAGCAUGUUGGGGGGGCUGGUCCCCCUGCCCUUCCAGUUCCCCUCCCUGCUGAACCUGCCCCCCCUGGUCACCAGCGCCCCCCCCAGCACCCCCUCCGCCACUGCAGCCAGCCAGGCCUUCUCCCUGACACAGAAUCUCUAUAAGAGUCUCCAGUCUGGGUCUCAGGUUGUGCCUCCUCACUUGCAGUUCGCUUUCUCAGAUGUCAAUCAGAGCCAGGGAGGAGACAGGAAGUCCCUCUGAACCCGCCCACUAUAUGACAGCUGCCAUGACAAAUCAGGAACUACGAUGACUUUGAGUGACAGAUUAAUUGACCAACCACAGGAUGGGACUUGCAUCUUGUGAUGUCAGUAACUGGAUUUUUUACUGUAAUUUUUUAAUUACAAGAAUUUCAUAGUUUUUUUAACAGCUCAAUGACAGAAAUGCUGUUUUUGUCGAUGUUUACAAGGCAGACCUGUCACUGUGGACUGGAGGAGAAUAUUUAUGGAUGUCUGGAAACAACUGCCUUCACUCAUGACAGAGUGUGUGUGUCUGUGUGUGUACCUGUACAGGUCAGUUUGCUGUGUGUGUGUGUCCCUGUACAGGUCAGUUUGCUGUGUGUGUGUGUGUACCUGUACAGGUCAGUUUGCUGUGUGUGUGUGUGUGUGUGUGUCUCCUCCUCCGCUGGUCCCAUCUGUCACCAUGGUGCUGGUCAUUCUUUAACCCAUGCUGUACAUUUGUCUUUGUACUUGAACUUUUCACCUUUUCCUUUUUUGUACAAAAAUGGAACCAUUAAAUGAAAUUAAACUGAUAACUGUU